AAAAGAAACCCUUGGCUCCCCAGUUGCUUGAUAUUUUGCCCCAUAAAAUUAUUUUUAGGCCUUUUGAUAGAGGAAGGAAAAAAAUAAUGGAGGGAAUCCCUUCCACCAUGAAAACAGGUGAAUGGUCUGAGAGAGUUCCAAGUGUUUAUUACUGUGGUUAUCCCUCUCAGAAAUCAUAUGGGUCAGCUUCUUAUUUGAUUGUUAAUCCUGAAGGAAAUAUACUUAUAGACAACUCGAGAAAUACAGAGAGACUUGCAAGUAAUAUUGAUGAAGCUGGAGUUCUUGGUGCCACACUACAAGCUGUGAAUCUAAGUGAUGAAAUCAAAUUAAAUCAGAAUAGCUGCAGAAAGGUUUUCAAAUGGGCAGUGAGACUGGCAAUUCUAGUGAACGAUGCCAAGGUUGUGCACUUCCUACAUGUUGGGGUUAUUCAUGGUUCGUUCGAUAAUGGAUUGAAGACAAAUAAUAUUCUGAUCAAUGAGCAUUGGGUGGCAAGGUUGAGUGACGAUGGGAUGUCCAUUAUCUUGGAAGGAAGUGACAAAUUUGGGACAAAAGGAAUUCAAAACUGGGGUGCAGCACGUAAGAUGUUUGAUGAAAUACUUAAGAGAGGAAACCGAAUCAAGGUCAUUAAAGCUAUUCCUAUACUUGGUUUAUUUUUUGGUGGGAUGGUCCUCAAUCAGUUUGGCUUGUUUAGAAAUCUUACUGAUGUGAAAGUUCUGCCUAAGUGGGAUAUUUCUUUGUUGUUUGAGAAUGGCUUGAAGCUUUCAUUUGCACGCCUGAAGGCACUUGCAAAACUUGUCUUUGGGCCGGAUUUGGUCAACUGCAGAAGCAUUGAUGAGGGAGUAGUGGUGGGUGCGACUCUCUCUAUCUUCCCCAACUUUUGUUUUGCAGUUUCUUGCAUCGAAGGGAAAUUUCCUGCUCAGACGAGUUUUCAAUGCUGUCGCAGAAGCUAGAAGCUCAGAGGCUUUUGUUGCUCUCUACCUAAUUACUGUUGCUGGAAUUUUUAUCUCACCCAAGAGUUGGGCUUCAGUGUAUACGCUGGGACUUUCUUAGGGACCUCCAUUAGUUUGCAGCUUCAUUUUCGAGAGUGGCCAGAGUUGGUAUCACUCUUGGCAAGUU